UAAUGGUUUAAUCCUUGAUUAGACUGAGGAACAGCUACUUAAUGUUACAAUAAUUCACUAUUGUAUUCACUUCAGAGUUGCUUUUGUUAGCGAUGAGAAGCCGGUUUUUAGGCUUUUUUGAUUAAGAAAAAGCCUUGAAAGAAUUUUCUUAGUAAGUUGUUCCAUAUAUUUGAAGCUUCCGUGGUUCAAACUUGCUAGAGCCGGGGAGGAAGAGCUAUAAUUUGUAAUGGACCAGUAUGAAAUUCUGGAGCAAAUAGGAAAAGGAUCUUUUGGUUCGGCUCUUCUUGUGAGGCAUAAACAUGAAAGAAAAAAGUAUGUCCUGAAAAAGAUUCGGCUUGCUCGUCAGACUGAUAGAGCACGAAGAUCUGCUCAUCAGGAGAUGGAGCUUAUUUCAAGAAUACGGAAUCCAUUUAUUGUGGAGUACAAAGAUUCGUGGGUGGAAAAGGGUUGCUAUGUUUGCAUUAUCAUAGGAUAUUGUGAAGGAGGAGACAUGGCAGAAGCUAUUAAAAGGGCCAAUGGUGUUCAUUUUCCUGAAGAGAAAAUUUGUAAGUGGCUUGUUCAACUCCUUAUGGCGCUUGAUUACUUGCAUGCCAAUCAUGUUCUUCAUCGUGAUGUCAAGUGCUCAAAUAUCUUUCUGACAAGAGAUCAAGACAUACGUCUAGGUGAUUUUGGCCUUGCUAAAAUGUUGACUUCUGAUGAUCUUGCGUCAUCUGUAGUGGGAACUCCCAGUUAUAUGUGCCCUGAACUUCUUGCUGAUAUACCUUACGGAUCCAAGUCAGAUAUUUGGUCUCUUGGAUGCUGCAUAUAUGAAAUGAGUGCCCAGAAGCCUGCAUUUAAAGCAUUUGAUAUGCAGGCUCUGAUUAACAAAAUAAAUAAGUCUAUAGUGGCUCCUCUUCCGACUGUUUACUCAGGGGCAUUCCGAGGGCUUGUCAAAAGCAUGCUGCGGAAAAAUCCAGAACUUAGACCCAGUGCUGCAGAGUUGCUCAGUAAUCCGCAUCUUAAACCUGAUGUCCUUAGAGUUCAUCUAAAGUAUAAUAACCCUAGACAGAAUACUUUCCCGUUACAAUUUUCAGAUUCCAGCUUCAUAAAGAAAACUAGAUUCAUGGACUUGGAUGCUGUUUCCAUUCACACUGAAAGGGAGAAAAGGCAGUCAUUCAGCAAUGAUAGAGCCUUGAAUCCAACUGCAUCCGAGACUGAACAAGAAUCCCCGUCUUCUACUGACAGAGCAAGGGAAUUUGGAAGUUAUUUGAAUAAAAUGUUUGAAGAUUUAUCCUUUGGCAUUGUCCAUGAGGAGAUUGGCAUUGACAAGACAACAUCCAUUAAAUUCUCCAAUGCUGGUAAAACCCUGAGACUACCACCAGCACAAAUAACUACUCCCAGAAGACAGACAACACCAUCAAAGAUACCACACAUUGGUUCAAAACGUGAUUCACUGCCUAUUUCACAUACUCCAGUGGGCAAAACUUCCCAAGCAACUCGCAGAGCGUCUCUUCCAUUGACCACAAGAGCUGGGGCCUCAGAAACUCCUUGUAGAGCUAAGGUUUGCAGCAGCAUGAAGUCUCCAGAUGUUUCUGUCAAUGCCCCUAGAAUUGACAAGAUUGCUGAAUUCCCCCUCAGCUCAUCUGAGGACCCCUUCUUUCCCAUCCCUCGAACCUCAUCAACAUCUGCUGUAUGCUCUUCUUCUUCGCCAGACAGUGUAGAUUGCUUGAUCACAAAGGACAAGUGCACAGUACAGGUUAUAGAUAGAACUACCACCAGGACAAAUGUCAUUGAUGCAAGCCAUGGAGUUGUGCGAAAUGGAAGUGAAUGCUUAGAGCAUAAUCUACCAACUGGUGUUUCAACUCGUUCAUCUUUUGAGGCACAGACCCGCCGGUUUGACACCUCCUCAUACCAACAACGUGCUGAGGCAUUGGAAGGAUUGCUGGAAUUCAGUGCAACGCUUUUGCAACAACGGAGAUUUGAAGAGCUAGGUGUGCUGUUGAAGCCAUUUGGGCCUGAGAAGGUUUCACCCAGGGAAACUGCCAUCUGGUUGGCUAAAAGCUUCAAAGAGACUGCAGUCUAGCUCAAAUGCUAAUAGCUAAUGAAUGCCACGCUUUUGUAUAAGAUUGUGUUUUGCUUACUAAUGAUUUCUGGUUUAAGCCGAGUCUUCAAAACUGAAGACUGAUGGGGAUUGGAAUCUCACUAAUCCAAGGAGAGCUUGUGCAAUGUGUUUGGAACUGCAAGAUUACUGAAAAAAAAAAAAAAAAAAGGAAGAUGGAUAUUAUAUUCUAAGAUUA